AUGGUAGAGUUUCUAACCAGAAGACAUCUAAGCCAUCGCAACCACUUACAACAACAACCACAUUUCUCCAUCUACUUUGCCCAAAAUCUCAGUAUACCCCUGCAACCGCACACACCAAAACCACACUUCUGCACCACAACCAAACACCUACCAUUUAGCAACCCCCUUUUACCAACAAUCCAAAGCUCGCAUGUACCAUCACGCAACAACCGCAUUUCUCCAGUCAUUCUCUCCAACCACACAGAGCCAAAAUCCUUACGUACCACCGCAACCACGCGCACAACAACCACAUUCUCUCCAGCUACCACACAGAUCCUCGGGUUUGCCUCAAGGCCCACCCCAAGACCGACCGAGGCAUUCGAACGCUCCUGCGCGGCCCGAUGCUUGAGGCUGAGGUCCAGCGGAGGCGGAACACAGGGAAUGGCAGCGACAGUCGAUUAUUUGAAACUUAAGUAUGGAGUUGAAAAACAAAUAGAAAUGCAGGAACAUGAAGUCAGCAUAAGCAAGAUGGUGCAGUGUCAGACUCGAAAGACGAAGAAGUCGUCGGAAGUCCUUUUUGACGAUGACUUGAGCCCCGGCAUAAAUGUCUCUCGAGAUCAAGUGAAAAUAACAAAGACAGCCAUAACAGUUGUAGCAGGAUGGAUGCUGUUUGCAUGCAUGUUGACCAUCCUGAUCUGGGGCCUGCCCAAUUUCGAGUGUGGCCUCUCCUUUUCCCCCUUUGCCAUCUCUGUCAAGAAGUUAAAGUAUGUUAAUCCUCACAGUGAAGGAGACUUGCUGAAGGCUAAAGAAUACCAAGACUGGGUAAGGAACUGGCAGUAUGGGAAUAACAUUUCCUUUAGGAAGGAAUGCGGGGAAGAAUGCAUAGAUGACAACGCUAGCAAGGAAGAGAAUCCUUUCUUGCCCCUUGAGGAGCCUAAGAAAGUGGAAGGGAGCUUCUGUGUUGACAUUCCUUUGGAGAUGAGGUUUGACUGUCAUCCUGAUGGCAGCCCAAGUGAAACGUCAUGUGUGAAGCGAGGAUGUUGUUGGCACGAGCUCCAAGAAGUUCCAGAGCGAAAGGUACCAUUUCCUGCCCCGCGCUUGCACCGACCGACACAAGGCAAAGCCCUGGAAGACUUGCCGCUAAACAUUCCUUACUGCUUUUACCCAAGAGACUAUGUAGGUUACUCUGUAAUCAAUUUCACCUCAGAGGAACAUGGCUACACAGGCUUCCUGGAGAGGAGUGUUGCCAGUGUUUUCCCCAAAGACUCUCCGCUUCUCCAGAUGGAUGUUUACUUUGAGACCGACACUCGCCUGAGAGUUAGGAUCACAGAUCCCUUUCAGUUGAGAUGGGAGACUCCAGUGCCCAUUGUGCCACAGGUGAACAAGAGUGCUAGCAAUCCCUCCUACAGUUUCCAUGUCCGCAAUGAGGAUGGUGCCUUUACUGUUGUGAGAAAGAGCUCGGGUGUUCCCAUUUUCGACACGAGAGGUGCAGCACCACUGACCUUCGCAGACCAAUUUAUACAAUUGUCAUCUAUGCUACCCUCAAAUUACAUAUAUGGUUUGGGUGAACACUUGGAGGGGCUCUUGCUGGACACAUACUGGAAGCGUCAUGUUCUCUGGAACUUGGAUCAGAUACCUGAACCGGGUAAAAAUAUGUAUGGAAGUCAUCCUUUCUACCUAUCUUUAGAACCAGAUGGUAACACACACGGUAUUUUCCUCCUCAACAGCAAUGCCAUGGAUGUUGUUCUCCAGCCCACACCAGCUCUCACAUUCAGAGUUAUUGGAGGACUCAUUGACUUGUACAUCUUCCUGGGGCCGACACCAAACGAGGUGAUAAGUCAAUACACUGAGGUGAUUGGCCGUCCCUUCCUGCCCCCUUACUGGUCGCUGGGUUACCACCAGUGCAGGUACGGCUAUGAAACACUUAAUAGGACAAAGGACGUUUGGCAGAGAACACGCAAAGCUGGAAUCCCAUUUGAUGUGCAGUGGAAUGACAUCGACUACAUGAAACACAACAAUGACUUCACAUAUGACCAGAACAACUACAAUGGGCUCCCUGACUUUGUUGAGGAGCUUCAUAGGGAGGGUAUGCACUAUGUACCUAUAAUAGACCCAGGCAUCAGUGCAGCAGAGCUGCCCCAUAGUUAUCCUCCAUGGGAUGAAGGGGUCCAUUUGCGUGUUUUUGUUCGCAAUUCAAGUAAUAUGCCUUUUGUGGGCAAGGUAGGUUUUUUUUUCUGUGACUUAUUAUUAUUAUUUUUUUUAAUUUGUUUGAUUGCCUUUUUUUUAAUGGAUAAUUGUCAUGCUGCUUUGUCAGGAUUUUAUUUUAAGAUGCCAUUAAUCAAAAUACCAAGAAUUUUUAUAGCGCCAGCAUCAUAUGACACCAUCAUUUUCUCAUUUUUCAUGACAAUUGCCAGUGUCAUUGCUAUUGCCAUUAACCCCUUCACGACGGGUCACGUCUCUGGACGUCAUAACAGGCUGCUUGAAAUGUGGCGUGCGGCUGUAUGCCGCGGCGGCGCACCAAAGUGCUCUGAGGCAGUGAUUCCGCUUGAUGUACUGAACCAAGUUUUUUUUUUAGUUUUCUACACCCGUCACCAAGGGGUUAACAUAAACAUGAACUGUAACUUCAACCCAUCAUCACCAUCACAGUCACCAUACUUCUACCCUCACACUGUGUUGUUAGCAAGAUCUAGAGCUUACUUGAGUGGAGGCUCCUGGGUGUGGCUUGUAGACCUGGCUCAAAUGAACACUUGUGACCAUGAAGCAAAGAAGAACCCUUUUGUCAUGGCCGAGGACCAGAUGUGUUGCGAGAGUUACGACGAUUGUGCGUUGCAGGAUAUGAAUGAGCCCUCCAACUUCUUAUCUGGUAGUACCAAUGGCUGUGAAGAAAACAACCUAGAACACCCACCCUUCCUGCCAGCUGUUCAUGGAGGCAUUCUUUAUUAUCACACAAUAUGCAUGUCCGGAAGGCAUUUUGUUGGGCGCCAUUACAAUGUGCAUAACCUGUAUGGAAUCACAGAGACUAUUUCUACCAACAUGGCCCUUCAGAUUGUAAGAGGUAAACGUCCAUUUGUCAUUUCCCGAUCAACAUUCCCGGGACAAGGACAUUAUGGUGGACACUGGACCGGCGACGUUUGGUCUGAUUGGUUUAACCUCUGGCAGUCUAUUGCAGGUAUUCUGAACUUCAACAUGUAUGGUAUCCCAAUGGUGGGUGCUGAUAUAUGUGGCUUUAAUGGCAACACUACUGCGAGCCUUUGCCUUAGGUGGAUGCAACUUGGUGCCUUUUAUCCAUUCUCGAGAAAUCACAAUACAGAUGAUGCCAUUGAUCAAGACCCUGUGGCAAUGGGACCGGAAGUAGUGACUGCUUCUCGAAAUGCCCUGACUCAGCGAUACAUGCUACUGCCAUACCUCUACUCUCUCUUCUUCAAUGCGCAUCUUACGGGUGAACCAGUUGCCCGACCACUUUUCUUCCAGUUUUACAAGGAACUUGAAACAUACAGCAUUGAUACUCAGUUUAUGUGGGGCCCAGCACUUAUGAUUGUGCCAGUGCUAAAUGAGCACGAGGAAACCGUGAAGGCUUACAUUCCAAAUGGACGCUGGUACGACUGGUACAAAGGGAACGUGGUGGAGGGAGGAGGCACUUAUAUGACGCUGGAUGCUCCACUGGACAAGAUUCCCUUGCUAGUGCGUGGAGGGUACAUACUGCCAAUACAGAUGCCAGCCAAUACAACCACUGAGAGUCGCAAGAUGAAAAGAGGUCUCCUGGUUGCACCCAAUGAAAAAGGCCGAGCGUCCGGAGAGUUCUAUUGGGAUGAUGGUGAUAGUCUUGAUACUGUUAAGCACAAGGAGUACACGUACAUACAGUUUAUAUCCGGUCCUGGUAUCCUCAAUGUAAAUGUCAAUCGCACCACCGCUGGUUAUACAGAACCCAUCUCACUAGGUUACAUGUACAUUCUGGGUCUGAGUGACAAUGUAUCAGAGGUAACAGUGGAUGGUGCCAAGGCGUCGUUUGAGUAUGACCCGGAGAAUCAAUUUCUGACCUUAGAUGGAUUCUCGCAGAGCCUAUUGAAGAGCUUUAUUGUGAGAUGGAAGUAAAAAUUACACAAAGAAUUGGGCUUCCUGUGUAAGUCAGCCGUGCCAUGAAUGAUGCAGUAUAUAAUGUAGGUUCAUGUUGAAGCAAAUAUAUAUAUAUAUAUAUAUAUAUAUAUAUAUAUAUAUAUAUAUUGUUUUUAAAGAAAGAGGUACUGUGAAAAGAUCAUUGUCUUGCCCCAGUGAUUGUACCGGAUGUGAUAGUUUUAUGUCUGGGUGAACUAUUAAUGUAAAUGAAAAAGUGAGAUGAAAUGACAUGAAAAAAGAAAAAUGAACAGUAACCAAAAAUUAUUAUUAUUUUUUUUAAUGAUAGGCCAUAUAGGAUUAAGAUUAGCAGACAAACAGUUGUUAGUAAAGCGCCCUCACAGCAAACAUUAUCGAUUCUUUUGAGGUUUACUACCCAAGUUUAGGGUAUUGUUAUUGUACUCUUCAUGUAAAUGAGUUGUGAAAUGUGCAAUUUUUUUCUGAACAAGAGAUAUAGUGUGACCUGAAUGGUAGGGAAUGUUCCAAAAGGUACCAUGUGUAUUCGCACAAAUACUAUGACACCAGCACACAACAAUGACAAUCCUAUGAAUCAUGUUGCAAUAAGAUAAGAUUGAGAGUGAGAAAAGUUGUUUACUUAAUAAUCCACAUAUUAGCUUAAGAAAGUUUUGCUUCCAUUGCUUACAGGGGCUAACAUUUAAGGUGCAUGCCAGUAACAGUAUAUAGAUAUAUAUAUAUAAGUAAAGACCUAGCUUGCAAAAUGUGGUAUUAGGGUAUAGGUAUGCCAGCUUCCAAGACUUUGAGAGGUUUAUCUUAGAUAAGCUUAUAUGUGUAUACUAGGUGACAUAAUAAUUCAAGUCAAGUCUUUUUGCCCUCUAGUUCUCGUGUUAUAUAAAACACAUAUUUUUUCCCUUGUUAGUUCUCAUAGAAGUCUAAUUUGUGAGUAAAAUUGGAGUGCAAAGUGUAGCAAUCUUGCUUAUGAGUUUUUUUCUUUGUAGUUGCGAUUUUUAGUUGGUUCAUUGUCGUAACGAAUUGCUUGAAAUACCCUUUUAUGACCGUUAAUAUCAGUAAAUUUGAUUUCACAAUUCUUUCAUAAUAAGAAUGCUCUAAAUAUUAUGCUCAUACUUAGACUGAAAAGAUCAUCUACUUAUUGUUUUCAAGGAUAAUAAGGGCAAGUAUAACAAACAAACAAACAAACAAACAAACAAACAAACACACAAACACACACACACACACACACACACACACACACACACACACACACACACACACACACACACACACACACACACACACACACACACACACACACACACACACAAAAAAAAAAAAUAUAUGCCAGCAAAUUUUUGCAUUAAUCCCUUAUAUUGUUCUUAGUGAUGCUUAGAAGUAGAUUAGGAUUUUUUCUGAAUAUAUUUAUAAGUAUAUGUAAAGUGGAAUAUACUUUGUGUAUUUUUAUCUGUUGAAGAUGGAUUGUUGUUAUUUUUCUAUGAUAGGUCUAUCAUAAGCCAGAUAUUCUUUACGUUACCCUACAACACAAAUAAAUUCUAUUUAUGGGUUAACUUAAGGAAAAUUAAGAGUAUAAGGUGUAUUUAUGUUUUACACUGGAGUAAAUGUAAAAUUAUUUCAUUAAUAUAUAGACUAAAAGGUU